AUGUACUUCUUCUUAACCUAUUCGGAGACUGGCAACUCGGACCUGACAUUCGAACCGGGUUGGUUGCAUCGGUAUCCGGCAACUUCGGCACUGCACAAUGGACGAAACACACCGGUAGAGACCACCGGUACAACGGAACCCAGAACCCAGAUCCCGUCUGUCGGUCUGCCUCGCUCUGUGAUGCCAGAUAUUCGUCCGUUGAAUUCGAAUGCCGGACAACCGGCCUCCUUGCACAAUCCGGAACACGCAAAAGACAGUUCGGGGGAUGGAAGAUCGGCCUAUUUUUAA